AUGGCUCAGGGACGACUUCACUCAUCACCCUUCUCGGCCAGGGGCAGUCCUAGAGGUCGUCGCACCGACGACAGUCCAUCCAGGCAGUUGCAAUGGGAAUUGGAGCGUGCCCUCAGUCAGAUCCAUCUACACGAAAUCGAGCGUUCAAAGCUCCACGCCUACCAGAAACGCCAACAGCAGGAAGAGCUUGAUGCUCUAGAGUCGGCACAGGCGGAGGUUCACCGGAUAGAGCUCAAUGCCGCAAAAGCCCAGCAUGAGGUUGUGCGCAAACAGGCCGAGGCUGUUCUUCAGGCCUACAUUCAGCAGGAGGAAGAGGACCGUCGCAGACGUGAAGAAGAGGAGCGAAGGAGAUUAGAGGAGGAAGAAAGUCAAAGGAGGGCCGAGGCGGAGGCAAAGGCACAAGCCCAUGCCCGGGCCCAGGCACGGAGACGGGCCGAAGAAGAGCGAAGAGCCCUCGAAGAGAAAGAGCGCCGUGAACGGGAAGAGCGUGCCCUCCAGGAAGCGGAACGUCAGGCAAAGCAAAAGGCUGAAGCAGAGGAAAGAGAGCGAAAGGAGAAGGAAGCGACAGAGCAAAAACAGCGAGAGGCCAAAGCCAAAGCUGAGCAAGAAGCUGCGUUAAAGAGACAAGAGGCUGAGAGGGCCGUCACUGCAACCAAAGUUACAGUACCACCAUCCACCACGCCCGCCCAAGGCAAAGACACCAGUCCAGCUCCAGAGGUAGAAGCACAACAUGCCAACUACCUAGUUCUCCACAAGAAGCUCAAGAAAUUCCGUUCAGACUUCUGGAUCGCGGCCAAGAAGGAUCCCAGCUUGAAGCCCCAUGUAGGGGACAUGCGGCGGGCGAUUCGCACUAGCGUAGGCCAGUUGACCGAUGACAAGGUUGGUAACAAAAAGGCACAUGAGCGACUAAGGGCUACGUUGCAUCAGGCUCUCAGGGAGCGACCUUCUCCUCCAGUAUCUGUCAGCGAAUACCUACCGGCACACCUCAAUCUGGGCGACAAUGGGACGACAACGAUUCCGUCACUGGCGUUGUACCUGCUUUCCAUCUUCAGUAAAGCCGUUAUCAGUGGUUUUGUGGGUGAGUGUGCUGUCAACCCCAAGGCGGCCGAACCCAUUGGUACACUGGUUGCUCAGAUCUUCUCCAUGCCUGAACUACAAUUUCCGCGCAACGUCCCAUCCGCCGCCAGUCCAUCCCAGCCUACAAAGCCAACCAGUGUCUCCUUGAUCCCCAUCCUCAUGUGCAAAUUCCAUGCCACUGCGCCGAUUCUUUUCGGCAUCUCCGGGCGCGAAUCCACUGCAGCGGGCAAACACCGACUCGGCUGGCGCCUUGAUAGAAUCACGGAUGACCCCGAUUCGAAAAAGGCCUUUGUGAAUGAAAACAAGCACUAUGAUCGUCUAACAGGACUCGGUGUGGGAUACGCGUCGAUCGCUCUCCGGAACUUCUCAAAAGCAAAAGUCUCCAACCCCUGGCCACCAGUGCAUUAUUGGUCUAGUCUGGCGCAUAUUGCCAAUACGCCUCCACAAGAGGUGCAGACCAGCCAUCUGGUAUUGCUGAAGAGCAUGCUCGAAAACAAUGCAAUUGACCGAUUCGUGUUGUUUUUCGGAGCCGCGGGCAUUGCGGCCUUAAGGCAAGCGGCGGUUGAGUUCCCGAGGACGUUGCCAAGAGAAUUACAAGAAAAGCCGGCGACAAAGACGUUGGUGUUAAUGGUUGAGGGGUGGAAGAGGGAGAAGAACUUUUCGCUUGUGUAA